UUCUACCGUCAUAUUCAUAUACUACGCGCUUCAGUUCUCCCGAAGAAGAAGUGAAGAACCACCAUAAGCAUAUUCUUUUACUCCAAAUUAUCUUCAUAUAUUCUUCACUCUCCUCGAUCACCGUUGACAUUUAAUUCCCCGAAACCUUUUCCAUUGUUUUGCUACAUCUCUGAAUUCCUCUUCAUCAUCUCCAACAAGAUCCAAGCUUUUCUGUGUCGGUUUCCGCCGCCAUUUCCGGCGGCCGUUGACACUUCCCGCCGGCCGGAAGUUUAAGGUUGGAAACUCCGUUUCUCUCUCUCUCUCUCUCUACACGAGGGGAGAAGAUACAAGAUAGCGGUUUGGACUCGUGUAGUUUCUCAGUUUCAGAGCUGGGUCUGAUCCGGUUUUAUCGGUUUGGUUUAACUGAUAUGAUUGUAUCUAUUAUCUCUGCCUUCGUUCCGUGCAUCUGCGUAUGAGUGGUGGACACGUACCCUAGAUUCUCCGGAGCAGAAGUCAAUGCUCUGAUCUGAGCCGUCGUCUACAAGGCCACCAAUUUUCACCGCCAGAAUUUGAGUUUUUGUGUUUUUUUUUUCGCGCCUCCAGGAUGUUGAGAAUGAAGACUAAAACCACCUCUCCGGCGGCGGCGAACGGCGGCGGAAGUGCGAACGAGUGGGAGAUGAGGCCGGGGGGAAUGCUGGUGCAGAAACGGAGUCCAGAUUCGGAAAACCUACCCCCUCCUCCUAAUAUCCGGGUCCGGGUCAAGUACGGGUCUAUCUACCAUGAAAUCAGUAUCAGCUCCCAGGCCACUUUCGGGGAGUUGAAAAAGAUGCUGACAGGGCCAACUGGGAUGCACCAUGAAGAUCAGAAGCUUUUGUUCAAGGACAAAGAGAGGGACUCGAAAGCCUUUCUUGACAUUUCAGGGGUGAAGGAUAAGUCCAAGAUUGUGCUAAUUGAGGACCCUAUUAGCAAGGAGAAAAGAUAUGUUGAGAUGAGAAAAAAUGCUAAGAUGGAGAAGGCUGCAAAAGCCAUAUCAGAAAUUAGCUUGGAGGUUGACAGGCUAGCUGGUCAGGUUUCUGCACUAGAAUCUGUGAUUUCGAGAGGUGGGAAAGUUGCAGAGAGGAGUGUUAUUAAUGUGAUCGAGUCAUUGAUGACUCAACUGGUUAAAUUGGAUGGUAUUGUUGCUGAAGGGGAUGUUAAAGUGCAAAGGAAAACACAGGUGGCGAGGGUGCAAAAGUAUGUCGAGACUCUAGAUGUGUUGAAACUCAAAAACUCGGUGCCAACUAGCAAUGGUAAUCACACUCCAAUAGCUAGGGGGGAUUCACCUGUACUAACGCCAAAACACCAGGUAGAGCCCUCGAGGCACUCGGCCUCGGGGCCUGUUGUGAUAACUACACAAUGGGAAACCUUUGAUCCUGCCCCGGCUCCUUUGUUGGACCCCUUUUCAACAGUCACGAGCACCUCGGGUUCAGCCCACCCGAGAGUCAGCUGGGACUUGCUUUCUUAAGUAGUAUGACCAAGAAUCUGUGCCAUUGUGUGGAUAUGCCGUGGCUUGCAUUUCUUCUUCAAGUUGGUUUGAUUUCGAUUCUCCAUUCUUUUCUGUAUUUACAGUUUUUGGUAUAGACACGUGAGAAAUAAACGGGGUUACCACACGUUGUAAGAUGCUCCCUUCAAUGGUAUUUAUCUCUGUUUUCUGUAGGUUAAUUGAUACAUAUUCAGUCAUGUGUACAUUGAUACUUGGAUAUUACUAGGAUAUGGUUAUCAUAAUCUUCAAUGAAGAAUAUAAGUAUUUUGGAAGAUUGCAUUAAUC